AUGCGACGAUGUGCCGUCGGGAUUCGCUUUUGUUUGCGGUAUAAUCUGUUUUAUAACCAACAGCGUCUCUUCAAUGUCUCAGCGCUAAGGUUCCAAACAAGAGCCAGAAAGACUGUUGCCGUCGCUACCUCUACUAACCCUGCAGUAGAAACCCUUCGUUAUGAGCGGAAAUCGCCUAUCGAACAUAUUCUUCUUCGACCUGAUACCUAUGUGGGAUCAACAGCACUCGCAGAACAUCCGGAUGCAUGGGUGGUAUCAGAGGAUGGACGAAGCUGUGUGCAGAUGCCGUUGACAUAUUCACCGGCUCUAUUGAAGAUUUUCGACGAGAUACUCGUGAAUGCUGCUGAUAAUAAACAGAGGGACCCUGCUAUGGACGAACUUCGCGUCGACGUUGAUCAGAAGGGAGGGAAGAUUUCCAUAUUCAACAAUGGUCGAGGUCUUCCAAUAGAGAUACACCCGAUUGAAGGGAUCUAUGUGCCGACUUUAAUCUUCGGUAAUCUAUUUACUUCAUCGAAUUACGACGACAAGGAGGUGAAAGUAGUUGGAGGACGCAAUGGUUACGGCGCGAAGUUGUGUAACAUUUUCUCGACAGAGUUCAUUGUAGAGACUUCAUCUCAUCAAGGUGGUAAAACAUUUCGGCAGGUAUGGACUAAGAACAUGCGUGAAUUUGGUGAACCAGUUGUCGUUGAAGUUUCGGAUGCAAUAGAUGGCACUCGGAUCACUUUCCGACCGGAUCUGGCCAAAUUCGGCGUCACUACCCUCGAUGAUGCCAUUUGUAAGAUGUUCCGAAAGAGAACAUACGAUGUUGCCGGAACGCUCCGAAGUGUCUCCGUAUAUUAUAAUGGAAAACUGAUUGAGGUAUUGAAAAUUUCCACCUUUACAGUUUUCAGUUCCUGA